UCGCGGGAUGCGUCGGCGGUGCUGCCGGAGUGCUGGUAGGACACCCAUUUGACACUGUUAAGAUGACAGAUAAGCCUCAUCACGGGAGAGUUACCUAGUUCGUCUACAAGUUCAAAAUGUAGAGAAACCUCUCUACCGUGGGACCUUCCAUUGCUUUCAAUCCAUCAUAAAGCAAGAAUCUGCUUUUGGACUCUAUAAAGGUAUUGGGUCACCAAUGAUGGGACUUACCUUCAUUAACGCGCUUGUGUUCGGUGUACAAGGAAACACACUUCGUGCUCUUGGAGAAGACACUCCUCUAAACCAGUUCCUUGCAGGGUCAGCAGCAGGGGCUAUCCAGUGCAUCAUCUGCUGUCCCAUGGAGUUGGCAAAGACAAGAAUGCAGCUUCAAGGAACAGGUGAAUACAAACUAAAAACAAAGAACUACAAAAAUUCUCUGGAUUGUUUGAUCAAAAUCUAUCGAAAGGAAGGGCUGAGGGGUAUCAACAGGGGCAUGGUCUCUACGUUCAUAAGAGAGACUCCAAGCUUUGGCUUUUACUUCCUGACCUAUGACUGCAUGACCAGGUAUCUAGGCUGUGAAGCUGAAGACAGUUACGUUAUUCCCAAACUGCUGUUUUCUGGGGGGAUGUCAGGAAUUGUGUCCUGGCUCUCAACCUAUCCUGUGGAUGUGAUCAAAUCCCGGCUUCAGGCCGAUGGAGUCGGAGGUGUUACACAAUACAACGGCAUUUUAGACUGUGUCAGAAAGAGCUACCGUGAAGAAGGCUGGAGGGUGUUCACAAGAGGUCUUACUUCCACACUUCUCCGUGCUUUUCCUGUUAACGCAGCUACCUUUGCUACUGUCACUGUGUUCCUAAUGUAUAUGAGGUCAGAAGACAGCCUUCGUGAAUGUGAACCAGGUCCAGUAAUCCAGCAGCCUUCCAGUUUGUGAACCUUAUCUGUUUGUUCUUCUGAUCCAAAGCCUGGCUGGUUGGGUUUUUUUUAAAUGUAAACGCUUGACCCGCACAACUGGUGUAAACGUAUGCUAUCUGUGUAAAGAAUUCCUAAAUGUGUCAAAUUAGGAUUUCAGCUCAUUACUUGUAUAAACAGCAUACUGCCUUAUUAAGGACUUCAUAUCUAGUAGUAUCCAAGUAAGAUGGGGACCUGCGUUUAGAAAGUACUGUACAGUUACUGUUGUGGCUCCAGAAGAGGAUCUGGAGAAUGUCGUAGUACCAGAAAUCAGGUUUUCUUCCGCUCAUGUUCUGAAUGACUGAGUUGAGUUGAAUGCAGAAAUGUUUUCAAAGAAGAAAUGCUCUUUUUGUAUGUAACAGGAGUAAGUAUAGACCUCUAAGGUGAAGUAGGGGGAGGAAAUUAAAUGUUGGAGGCAUUUUGCAGGUAACCCUGAACUGUUUAAGACAUGGACUAGCACUCAGCUAGCCAUGUGUUUUACUUUUCCUCUGCUUUUAUAUGUCAGUAGUUUUAGUAGCAACUUUGUUCAUACUGGUUUGCUAAAAAAAAAAAAAAAAAAAAUUUGUUCCUAAGCUACUCCCUUAUGUUUCAGCUUUGAAUAAAUAUCUUAAGCACAGAGUUAGCAUCUGCACUCAUAUGCACUUGUUCCUUUAAAUCUCAAGGCUUGUAAGGAUUUAGGGAAACUCAAAUCUAGUCAGACUGAUGUUAUUUGCCUUCACCUCUAUUUCUCGUUUGGUGGGUGCACAGAUGGUACUGACUAGAUUCAGCCCAAGUAGACUUUGUUCUCUGAAGUUAAUGCAACUUGGUGCCACUUUUCCCAACAUGCCCCAUAGCAGCCAGUGAUGUACAGAAGUCAAAGUCCUACCUGUGGUAUUGCACAAAAUGUUUGUGGGUGCAAAGUUAGCUUAGCAGCUUGAAGUACUGUAGAAAUAUGUACAUGUUUAGAACUGGAGGUUUCGUACUUACCAGAAAAUAGGGGUAUAAGUGUCUGAAAUGGUUAGUGUUCAAUACACUUGCAUUAUGAAUUUAAACAAUACUGAUUUUUAUGUAUUUAGUUACAGUGCUACUGGAAAGAAGACUGAAAAGGGUUUUGGAGAAUUUUCUUGUUACAUUAAUUCGCUGUGAUUUUUUUUUUAGCAGUCUGUUCAAGAGAGAUGACAUUAGUCAAAGAGCUAUAAACAGUUAUUUAAGAUUUGGAAUAAGAACUACACAUAUUUGGCACAAAUAGCCAGGAGGAAGGAGUGCAUGUGUGUGAGGAAUGCUCUAAAACGUAUCAGACUAGUUCAGUAAGUACAACUUGUUAUGCUUUUGGUUGGGACAAGUGCAAUAUGUGUUUAAUUUAUAUGAAUUUUCUAAAGAAACCUUACUUCAUAGCAUUUUGCACUGUAACAAAAUAUGCUGGAGAAACCUGUAAAACUGGUAUGUCUUUUUAUACCUUGGAGGUAUGUUGGAUGUUUUAGUGCCUACUUGCACUGAGAUUCAAAUUGAAUGUUAAAUCUGUCUACUAAGCUGCAUAUGCACAACAACUCACAAAGAAGACCAUUUACACCUUUGUACAGUAGUCUGUAGUUAUUGUAUAUAAAAUUGA